CAAUCGUUGAAGAGAUAACAGCAAUGACAAUAUUCUCCAUAUUGGGUGGCAUAGGCAACUUGCCUAUGAUUAUUUUGUUUCUAUCAUUAUUUCAAGGCUUUUAUCAAGAAGAAAUAAUGGCCAAAGAUUUAAAGUUUAAAUUACUCUCAGGUGAUCAAAUGCCUCUUGUUGGAUUUGGAACGUAUCAAAUACAGGGUGCCGAUUUAAUUAAAGACGUUUUAGAUAAAGCACUUGCUGCUGGUUAUAGACUAAUUGAUACAGCAAAAGUGUACCAUAAUGAAAAAGAUAUUGGUGUUGCUUUGAAGGAACUUUUACCAAAAUAUAAACUUAAAAGGGAGGAUAUAUUCAUAACAUCUAAAUUAUCUCCUGCUGACCAGGGAGAAAAAGCGUACGAAGCUCUUAAAGAAUCCGUAACAAAUCUUGAUUGUGGUUACUUAGAUUUAUACCUAAUUCACUGGCCUGGUGUAUUUGGAACAAAUAGUUCUAGCUCCUCUAAUUUAGCCAAAAGAGAUUUGAGCUGGCAAAUGCUAGUUAAGGGAGUUAAAGACGGAUUGACAAGAAAUAUUGGAGUUUCCAAUUACAAUGUUCGCCAUAUGAAUCAAAUUUUAAAGAAUGAUCAUGGUAUCAAGCCAGCAGUAAAUCAAGUUGAAUGGCAUCCACACUAUCAUCAGCCUGAAUUAAAGCAAUUAUUAGAGAAAGAGGGUAUUUUACUGCAAGCCUACUCUUCACUUGGAGGUUCUAAUAAUCCUGAUUUACUAAAAGAUAAGGUUGUUAAUGAAAUCGCUAAAAAAUUGGGAAAAUCACCAGCCCAGGUUCUGUUGCAGUGGAGUCUUCAGCAGAAUAUUGCGAUCAUCCCAAAAGCUAGAUCUCAAAAACAUAUUGAAGAUAACAUUAAUCUUAAUUUCAGAAUCCCAGAUGAAGAUAUGGAAAAAUUGAAUAAUUUCAGUCAAAAUAAGUACUCCUGGGAUCCUGACACUAUUGCUUAAUUUGUUUAAUAAGUUGCUUUCACAUUCUAUUAAUAUUUUGUAUCAUUAUAAACUUUUUGCUUUGAAUAAAUUUUAUAAAAAUGA